CGGGAGCCGACGCGCCGACGCACCGCCCGGGGACCCUGCGCGCGGAGAGCAUGAGGACCCGGUGCCUGUGUCAGAUCUGCACGUGCGGGCGACAUCAUUGUCCACAUGGAGCCACAAAGAUUUACGAAAAUUCUGGCGUGUAUUGCCCAACCACUGAAUAUUUGGAAAAAUAUCCUACAUAUGGCAGUGUUCUCCCAGCUCAGAGUCUUAAACCCAAGCAGGAAUUUCGAGCAUACCGUGGGAAAAUGGAAGGAAUAACAACAUUUAAAUCAGACUAUCGUCCUUACGAAAUAGCCCAGCCGCCUCGCCGCGUGCCGGAAGAAUACAAACCAAAGCAGGGGGACCUUGACCUUCACACGACCUACAGGCGGGAUUUCAACUCCUACAACGUGCAGCCUGUGGCCAGAGUCCGGCCCCUGGAGAGACGGCGGGUCAGGAAAGGGAAGGUCGACACGGUCCCCACCUACCAAGAUGACUACAGAGCUUGGGACGUUCAGAAAAGUGAACUCUAUAAACCAGAACAGGCUUACUGUCCCCCUACCGUGAAAUUUGGAAAUUCGACUACGUUUCAGGAAGACUACGUUCCCCGGGAGACGCAGCCCAGGCACAGCUUCAAGCCCAGUGCCGGGGCCCAACGCCCCACCGUCCCUUUCAACGGUGACACGAGCCACCGCCUGGAUUACGUGCCGCAUCGGCUGGAACCCAAGUCCGCUCGGCCAAAAGAAGUGUACAGGCCAACCUCCCAGCCCUUCGAGGGUCUCACCACUCACCGAUGUGCCUUCCAGGGGCUCGCUGGCGAAACUGCCAGGACCUGCCGACCCGCCCAGGCCAGAACCACCUCGGACGCUCAGUUUGAAGGAAGCACUGAAUUCCGCGACAGUUUUCAACCCUGGGAAAUCCCACCCCCCGAAGUCAGGAGAGCACAGGAGUACGUCCCCCCUGCGGGGACCAUGCAGCUACACAGCACCAGCCACCUGGACUACGUGUCCUACCCGGCCACCCGCGCCGCCCCCAUCAGGCCCGUGCCUCAGAGGAGAAGUAACAGGUUCCCUUUCCAAGGGAAAAGCACCACGCAGGAGGAUUUCCCGGCAUGGGAGAGCUGCCGCCCAGGGCUCAUCAAACCGCAGCCGCAGAUCCACAGCCCCGCCGGGAAGUUCGACGGUCUGAGCACCUUCAGAUCUCACUACGUGCCGCACCAGCCGGUGCCCGCGGAGAGCUGCAAGCCUGCCCGUGCUCCCCUGCACAGCCCCAGCCCGUUCGAUGACGUGACCGUGUACUCCACCGCGUACACCCCGAAGAAGCUGGGAGUCUGCCCUGCCAGCUUCCCUUCGCCCCCAGGCUACGUCUUCGAAAACACAAACCCCCAAGGUCACAAAUUCUUCCGCAGGAUCACACCCCGCGUGGAGGCCGCGGAGCCCGCGGGUCCUGCGGAAAAGGAGGCUCACCCAGACGGUGUUGGCUCUCCGAGGGCAGAACCGAUUGCUUCCAGUUAG